AGCCUAUUGGAAAGCGGUGGCUCCGCAUGCGCUUUUCAUUUUAUUUCGUGAAGCGGACAGGCGAGGGAGGUUCUUCAGCCGGGGCUGAUUGCGGUAUUUUUUUCGCGUUUUAAGAUCUUUUUUUUUUUUUUUUUGCCGGAGACGGAGAUGGAGAAGGUGUUAUAUAAGCAGCUGCCCGAGUCGACAGCAAAACUCGUGAACCUUCAGCCGCAAGCAUCCAGCAAGGCGGAGGCCUUUGUUAAGGCCUUUCUGAAACGCAGCAUGCCUGGGAAGAGCGAGGAAGAUAUCGAGAAACACUUAAACCGGAAAGCCGUCGUCCUUGAGCACCCACAACCAAGGAGGACCCAGAAGAGAGUCAAGCGGGGGAAAGGAUUAUCGGCCAAACAGAGACGAGAAAUGCGUCUCUUUGAGAUUGCUCCAGAACAACAGAGAUACGAGAUGUUUAUCCCAUUGCAUGAGCUUUGGAAACAGUACAUCCGAGAACUCUGCAACGGAUUGAAACCCGAUGCGCAGACACAGAUGAUUCAAACCAAAUUGCUUAAAGCAGAUUUCCACGGAGCACUCGUGACAGUGACCAAAUCCAAAUGUCCUUCCUACGUUGGCGUCACUGGCAUCAUCCUCCAGGAAACGAAGUACGUUUUCAAAAUCAUCACAAAAGAAGACAGGCUGAAAGUUAUUCCAAAGCGGAACAAUAUCUUCAGCAUUGAAAUGGAUGGGUUUGUGUCUUACAUCUACGGAAGCAGGAUCCAGUUUCGAGCAAGUGAGCGUUCUGCAAAAAAGUUCAAGGGGCAAGGAACAAUGGAUCUGUGAUUUUGCUGCUUUUGGUCUGCAAAAUUGGAAAGUUUUGUUUCCAAGGGUCAGAGACUCCCCAACAACCUUUUCCUCUAAAUAGAAAAUGAGCACAAGAAGCGGCAGCGGCAGCAGCUAGGGUGAUUACCCCUGUAUCUUCAUGAACCCAACGUGGGUUCUUGCUUGUAUUGAUUCUGGCUGGCAAAGACUGGCUGUUUUGGGAUUGCAAUUGUCAAAUUUACAAGUAUAGUUCUAAUUCUGUACAUAUGCCAUGUUGGAUUUUGUAUGAUGUUAUUUCAAAUGUUCUUGUUUGUUAAUAUGGAA